UUAGUUCUUUUCGUCUCGAUUGGAUCAAAUUAGGUGCCAUUCUAUCCUCAAUGUGGUGUUUUCGGACACAGCUCGUAGAGUGUGUCCGAAGAAAAGAAACCCUACACAUUUGGAUAAGAUUAUAUACUUUGUGAUAUCUAUUCAUGUGUGAUUGCAAAUUUAUUGCUGCUUUAUGACUAAUAUAAUGGCAUCUAUAAAUGAAUUCGGGCCCGAUUCUGGUGGUAGAAUGAAGGGCAUCACUAUAGUUAAGCCUAUAAUUUAUGGUAAUGUAGCACGUUAUUUUGGCAAAAAGCGAGAGGAGGAUGGUCAUACACAUCAGUGGACCGUUUAUGUCAAACCAUAUCAUAACGAGGAUAUGUCCAGUUACGUCAAGAAAGUACAUUUCAAGUUGCACGAGAGUUACAAUAAUCCUAAUCGAAUAGUGACGAAGCCACCUUACGAGUUGACGGAAACUGGCUGGGGAGAAUUUGAUAUUGUCAUUAAGAUCUAUUUUCACGAUCCGAACGAACGUCCAGUGACGAUAUAUCACGUACUGAAGCUGUUCCAGUCGACACCCGAGAUACAAUUAGGCAAGAAGAACUUGGUGUCUGAAUUUUACGAGGAGAUAGUCUUUCAAGAUCCAACGGCAUUGAUGCAUCACCUGCUGAGUUCCAGUAGAGCCAUAUCGCUUGGAGUUUGGCGACACAACACCGACUUUGACGCAAAGAAGGAAUCUACGAUGAAAGCCAUAAUGGAGGCACGCAACAAGAUAAGACUCGAGGUGAUAGAUCUGAAGGAAAAGUUGACCUUAGCCAAGGAAACCAUCGCGAAGUUCAAGGAGGAAAUAGCAAAGAUUUCCAAAGUCGGUGGAGGUUUAUCUGUCGCAUAAUCAAUAAUCCCCAAGGAACGGAGACGUUUGUACACAGGAACGAGAGCUUGUAAUCUUCAAGGCGCAGACUCACGUCUGUUGUUUUCAUUCUGGCGAACGCGAAGUUGUCUCUACGAAAUUUUAUAAAGUGUAUAUAAAUCGAAUCCCAACUCA